GGGUGCUCCAGGUGUGUGCCGCCACGCCGCUGCACCACCUGUGCCACGCCACCAUCACCACCACUACCUCCACUGCCGCCACACACUGUCGCCUGUCAUUCCCCUGCCUCGACCGCCCCUUCCCCUUCCCACCGCCGCCGUCGCCGCCGCCAAUAAAUCAACCACGAAGCUAAGUGAAGGUGUUGGGUCACGCGCCAAACUCAGGCGGGGGUAAGGGGGCGGCGGGGCGGUGAGUCAGGGCGGCAGGGCGGGGCGGGCAGUGCCCCGCGACAGGUGGUGUGAAGCGGGUGCGUUGCGGGAGUCAUGCGGGACUACAUCAGCCUGCGGGCCCAGGCGCUGCUGGCCAAGAGGCCCGUCAAGCGAGGCGACGUGAUCCUCACCUCGAGGCCCUUCUGCACGGUGCUCGACUCCUCCGCCAUCAGCUGCUACUGCGAGCACUGCCUUGUCUCCUUCAGGAAGGACCGCAUGCUGACACGAUGCUCGGAGUGCGGGCGAGCCUUCUACUGCAGCGAGAUGUGCCAGGAGCUGGGGCGGCCCCUCCAUUGGCGGGAGUGCAUCGUGUUCCGCCACAGACCCAAUUACCAACCCAAAGACUUCGCCAGAUUCCUCGCCCGACUCAUCUGGGUGCUCAAGGACGGAGGUGACGAGACCGUGGAGAAGAUUGACGACAAAAGAAGUAGACGGUUUAAGGACCUCGUCAGCCACCGGAAAGAGGUGAGCAAGGACACCGAGCAGCUCAAGUACGUGGACAGCCUCAUGCCAGACCUGCUGCAGCUGGUGGGGAAGAAGUUCCUGCCGCCGCGGGAGGAGCUGCUGGAGAUCUUUGGCAAGGUCCUCGUGAACAGCUUCUGCCUCCUGGACGACCGCCUGACGCCCAUCGGCACCAGCGUGUACUUGGCGGCCUCCUGCAUCGACCACGCCUGCCACGCCAACGCCUUCGUCACCUUCAUCGGGAACAAGCUGGUGGUGCGCUCCCUGGUGGACUGGCCGGACCUAGAUUGGAGCAGGGUGAUGAUCAGUUACCUGGAUGCCAUGAACACGCGCGCCUUCCGCCACCGCUACCUGGAGAGCCAUUAUUACUUCACCUGUGACUGUCGCCUUUGCCGGGACGACGCCCACGAGAGUCUCAUGUCCACGGUGCCCUGCGGCUCCUGUGCCGCCGCCGUGCCCCUGGAGGAGGAGAACGCGGAGGGCGCCGUGGGGCCGUGCGAGGCGUGCGGCCACGAGUCUUUCCGUGGUGACCUGCGGCAGGAGUACCAGCGCGUGGCUGACCUGACCCGCAGACACCUGAAGGACCUGAACGAGGCUGACCCAGACCUGGAGGAGUGGCGGGAGGUGGCAGGAGCACAGGAGGGCCUCAUGCACCCGCUCAACCUCCUGCGGGCCAAGACGAUGGACGCGCUGCUCACGGCCACCAUCACGCGCCGGGGCUGGCACACUGCGCUGGGCCUGGCCAGGAGCAAUCACCAGGCCAUCAGACACUACUAUGGAGCCAAGCACCCGAACUACGGCCUGUUCCUCAUGAAGCUGAGCAAGAUCGAGCUGUGCAACAUGGCCUUCUCGGACGCCUACGAGCACCUCAGGGUGGCCGAGGAGAUCAUGGAGGCUGGCCUGGGCUCAAACCAUCGCCUUGUGUUCGACGAUCUGACGUGGCUGCUCAUCCAGGCCAGUGAGGAGAAGAAGAUCGAGAUUCAGCGGUCACUCAUCUACGGGACGCACCGCCUGGCGCCCCCGCCCCCCCAGGACCAGGGAGAGGACCACAAGCACGCCCAGGCCCGCAGGAGGAGCUGAGAGGCUGACGGCCAGGAGAUGAAGGAGUUUGUUGUGCCUGAUGCUGAUUUGUCCAACGAAUGGCGGCUGCUGUGAGUGCCAUCGUUCUUACCUUUGAUUUGAACCGCUCCGCCAGGCAAAAGUCGGAGGUUGUUGCUGCCGCUUGGCGUGUGAAGACAACUAGUGAUUUCCACGCGAUAACUAGUAAUCAAACGAAAGCUGUAGCCAGGAGUAAAGAAUUAAUAUCAAGCCUU